AAUUUUAAGAGUUUGAAAUGCGGUUAUGAUAUAAUAUUAAACUUAUGCGUAAAAGACACACAGUUUUGACUAUUUUGAAUAACAUUCCGCAUUUUGACAAAUAGGGGUAGCUACUCUUGCUGCGUUUAAAUGUCAUGGGAAAUAUUACUUUUCAAAGAGCAAUAACGUUAUCAUCAUAUAUUCAAAAAUCAAAUGUUAAGACACAGCCCCUACUCUUAUAUGCGGUCAAAUAAGCUGUCUGUUGUUCUACACACUAAAUGUGUAAGGUGUUUCUAGUGAAUUAGAUAGUUCUGUGCUAGGCGUUUUUACCAAAGCCACUGAACGCAGCGUGACACAACAGCGAAGAUGGCGUGUUGUGGAAACUGUUUUUGUUGCCGAUGUUGCUGCAGCGAAGGAGAGACUCGGACACCAGAGGAACUGACGAUCCUUGGGGAAUUCCAAGAUGAAGAGGAUGAGAUUCUACCCAGGAAAGACUAUGAGAGCUUGGAUUAUGAUCGCUGCAUCAACGAGCCCUACGUGGAGCUUCUCGAGGGAAUGGACAACAAGAAAGCCAAAAAGUAUGAAGCAGUGCGAUGGAUGCUGAUGUUUGCAAUCGGAGUCACCGUGGGUCUGGUGGGCCUCUUUGUGGAUUUCUUUGUUCGCCUCUUCACCAAAAUCAAAUAUACUUUGGUUGCGGAUUCCUUGCAGCAGUGCAGUGACAGAGGCUGUCUCUCUGUGUCCCUGCUGGAGCUCCUGGCCUUCAACCUGACCUUCGUCUUCAUCGCCAGUGUGCUCGUCCUCGUUGAGCCUUUAGCUGCAGGUUCGGGGAUCCCAGAAAUUAAAAGUUACCUAAACGGAGUGAAGGUUCCAGGAGUCGUCCGGCUGCGAACUUGCCUCUGCAAAGCUGCUGGAGUCCUGUUCAGCGUGGCUGGAGGUCUGUUUGUGGGGAAAGAGGGUCCAAUGAUUCACAGUGGAGCCAUAGUGGGGGCCGGCCUUCCUCAGUUUCAGAGCAUCACUUUCAAGAAGAUCAAAUUCGAUUUUUCCUACUUCCGCAGUGACAGGGACAAGCGAGACUUUGUGUCAGCAGGUGCAGCAGCUGGAGUAGCUGCUGCAUUUGGUGCUCCUAUAGGUGGCACGCUCUUCAGUCUGGAGGAGGGCUCCUCUUUCUGGAACCAGGCACUCACUUGGAAAGUGCUCUUCUGCUCAAUGUCUGCCACGUUCACCCUCAACUUCUUCCGUUCUGGGAUCAACUUUAACAAGUGGGGCUCCUUCCAGCUGCCUGGUCUGCUCAACUUUGGAGAGUUCAAGUGUCCAGAUGAAGAUAAGAACUGCCACCUGUGGACAGUAGUGGACCUGGCCUUCUUUGUCCUGAUGGGGGUGGUGGGUGGCUUGCUGGGGGCGCUCUUCAACUGCAUGAACAAAACCCUGGCCAAGUAUCGCAUCAGGAACAUCCACCCAAAGGCCAAGUUCAUCAGAGUUUUAGAGAGUCUACUGGUUGCCAUGGUGACAACAGUAGUGAUAUUUGCUGCUUCGUUACUGUUAGGCGAAUGUCGUGACCUGUACUCCCCCACAACCCACAACACCACACUGUCUGGCAGUGAGGACAUCAACUCAACCAUUCGUCAGUUCUUAUGCACCAACAAGACCUACAACGACAUGGCCACGCUGUUCUUCAACCCUCAGGAGGCUGCUAUCCACCAGCUCUUCCACCAGGAUGGAACCUUUAGCCCGGUGACGCUGUCAGUGUUCUUCCUGCUAUACUUCCUGUUGGCCUGCUGGACCUACGGUGUGUCUGUGCCCAGCGGACUCUUUGUCCCCUCACUGCUCUGUGGGGCCGCUUUUGGACGUCUGGUUGCCAACAUCCUCAAAGUGAAGCUGGGAAUGGACAUCUACCCAGGGACCUUUGCUCUGAUUGGAGCUGCUGCCUUCCUGGGAGGCGUGGUCAGGAUGACCAUUAGUCUGACCGUCAUCCUCAUUGAAUCCACCAAUGAAAUCACAUAUGGGCUGCCCAUCAUGAUUACUCUAAUGGUUGCCAAGUGGACGGGAGAUUUUUUCAACAAAGGCAUCUAUGACAUCCACAUCCAGCUGAGAGGAGUGCCGCUGCUGGAGUGGGAGACUGAGGUUGAAAUGGACAAGCUGACAGCUAAUGAUAUCAUGGAGCCCAACCUGACCUAUGUGUACCCCCACACACGGGUCCAGUCUCUGGUCAGCAUCCUGCGCACCACUGUCUACAACGCCUUCCCUGUGGUGACAGAGAACCGGUAUAACGAGCAGGACUUCAUGAAGGGCAACAUCUUGGUCAGCAACAACAUCCGCUUUAAGAAAUCCAGUGUGUUGUCCCGUGCGGGGGAGCAGCGGCGGCGCUGCCAGUCUAUGAAGUCAUACCCGUCCAGCGAGCUGAGGAACGUCUGUGAGGAGCGCAUCGCCGCCGGGGGGGAGGGGGAGAGGGGGGAGGACCUGCUGCAGCAGAUGCUAGAGAGGAGGCAUGCUCCGUACCCCAACCUGUACCCCGACCAGUCCCCCAGUGAGGAGUGGAGCAUGGAGGAGCGCUUCAGACCGCUCACCUUCCACGGCCUCAUCCUGCGCUCCCAGCUGGUCACCCUGCUCAUCAGGGGAGUCUGCUACACCGAGAAUCAGUCGAGCGCCACUCAGCCCAGGUUGUCCUAUGCAGAGAUGACUGAAGAUUACCCACGUUACCCGGAUAUCCAUGACUUGGACCUCGCCCUGCUCAACCCCCGCAUGAUAGUGGAUGUCACCCCCUACAUGAACCCGAGCCCCUACACGGUGUCACCCAACACCCACAUCUCCCAGGUGUUCAACCUAUUCAGGACGAUGGGCCUGCGACACCUGCCAGUGGUGAACGCUGUUGGAGAAAUUGUUGGAAUAAUCACACGACAUAAUUUAACCCACGAGUUCCUUGUGGCCAAACUGCGACAGCACAGCAUCAGUGUUUGAGGCUGGACGUCCUGCUGUCCUCCCGACACAGACUCUGUCCUGCUGUCCAUCCGACACAGACUCUGUCCGGCUGUCCUCCCGACACAGACUCUGUCCUGCUGUCCAUUCAACACAGACUCUGUCCUGCUGUCCAUUCCUCCAGCAGGACACGCCUCAGUGCUGCUAUAGUAACCCUCCUCCAGCCUGCCUCCCGUCUAACGGCCUGACACAUGAACCAGGUGUACUGUCAUACAACCAUAUUAAACAUAUUUGACUUUAACAUGUUGAUAUAAAUGUUUAACAUGACACUAACAUCCUCUAAUCUAGCUGAAUGAUGUACUCUUGCUGUGCAUUGACACAGUGAGCAACAGCAGCAAGGCUAUAAAAGUAUUAAUACUCUGAUACUGAUAGUAUUGUCUCAGCAGGAAUUGUAGUGGCCACCAUGUACUCAUAGUCUCUCAGUGUUUUUCUCCCUGGUCACACAAAGAUGAAACUGGAAAUAUGUUCCAGUGAUUUCAGGUCUGCUGUUUCUGCUAGAGACACAAUCCACAAAUCAGAGCUUGGUAAGCAGAAUUCAGAAUAAAGAAAUCCCAGUCCAACAAAGCUAGCUAGACAGUCAGAGACACAGUGUGAGGGACAGUCAGAGACACAGUGUGAGGGACAGUCAGAGGGACAGUCAGAGGAACAGUGUGAGGGACAGUCAGAGGAACAGUGUGAGGGACAGUCAGAGGGACACUGUUGCCCCUUUCACACCAGCGCUUUUUCAGCUCCGGCUCGGAGCCGGAGCCUGAAAAGCGCCGGUUUUUCCUGUUCACACCGCAGCGGCGCCGGCUCUUAGCUCCGGAAUCGGGUUCACUUCCAGCUCCAAAAAAUGGUCGGUCUAGA